AUGGUCUUCGGACGACUGACCCACUACGCCUUCGACGCCGUCCUCUUUUCUGCCUUCCUGGCUGGCGUCAAGCGCUCCACCGGCCUCACACCUAGUGUCAAAUCCGAGACUAUCAGCGAGUCGGAGAAUGUGAAGAAGUGGCUUGACAACUACCUGUGGGUUGGCGAGGUCGUCAUGGACCAGAGCGUCGCCCUCAUGAGCUCCUCCGGUUAUUUCGAGCGCAAGCGGUAA